AUGGCUGAUACAAUCCUUAAGUUAUGUCGAGGUUUAGUACGCAUCGACACAAAUAAUGAUUUUCGUUCCGAUGAAAUUCAUUAUCAAAUCACUUUCACAUUCCUGAUUAUCGCUGCCGUCGCCUCCACAACUCUUCAGUUCUAUGCGGAUCCCAUUCAAUGUAUCCAACCAGCCCAGUUUACAGAUGGCUACACAUCAUUUGCUCGAAAGAUCUGUUGGUUGAACAACACAUACUUCUACCCUCAAACUUACACAAGAUUACCGAUGGACAAAAACGAACGACAACAACACACUCUCAAAUAUUAUCAAUGGUUACCAUUCGUCUAUCUCAUCCAAGCAUUCUUCUUUCUUCUUCCACAUCUCAUCUGGAUCAGUUUCUAUCAGAAGAAUGGUCUCAAUCCAGGUCUCGUCGUUGAACAAGGAAAAAAGUUCGAUGAGAAAUCCAAUAUAGGCCAACGAAUCGCCAAAGAAAUCGAACGAUAUCUAAUGUGUCGACGACUGGCACAAUGUAAGAAGAAGCUGCUACUUCGCAGCAGCGUUCAUCAAGAUUCUCCAUCUCAGUCCGAAUCACUUCUACCCAAUGUGUCAUUUCGUAUUCGAUAUCGAAGCUCAUAUGUUGUUUCACUUUAUCUGUUCAUCAAAGUUCUCUAUCUUCUCAACAUUAUCAUCCAAGUCUACUUUCUGAAUCUUCUUCUAUCGACUGGUAAAUAUGGCUUUGUUCGAUUUGGAUUCGAUACGAUGAAAUAUUUAUUUCAAUCGACAAUACGCGAACGCAUUGUCAACCUAUCGUACAAACAUCAACAACUGUUUCCAUUUGUGACACUGUGUGACUUUCACAUUCGUGAACUAGGUCAAGAUCAUUACUAUACAAUUGAGUGUAUUCUGUUGAUCAACAUCUUCUACGAGAAGAUUUAUUUUGCAAUGUGGCUUUGGUUUGCAGUUCUAUUCGUGAUAUCGCUGAUCUCAUUCGCUUAUUCAUUUUGUCUCUAUGUUCCAUUCUUUACUCGUUAUCGUUUCAUUGAAAAAGUGAUUCAUUCGAUUCACGCAAAAUAUCCGCCAUCGAAUCCAACAAAUCAGAUUACAACAAAUGAUCAUGAAGAACAUGGAAGAGACCUUUUAGACAGUGACAAACGAAAGAGAGACUUUGUGAACUGGUUACAACGAGAUGGAGUAUUUCUGUUGCGUUUAUUGUAUUCACAUGCAGGAACAGCAGUUGUGGUUCAAUGUGUGGAAGAUUUGAUCAAGAUUUGGGUGGAAAAUUAUGAAGAUCGAGGAAAACUGGGCGAAAAACUGUUGAAAAAUGAAUUUGAAUUCUCGCGUUGA